GGAAUCCCGAAUUGCCAUUUAUUGAACUUGAUGCUGUUGCAGCUGCCACAGACAAUUUCUCUCCCAAUAACAAGCUUGGAGAAGGUGGUUUUGGUGCUGUCUACAAGGGUCGAUUGUUCAAUGGGAAGGAGAUAGCUGUUAAAAGACUAUCCAAGAAUUCAGGGCAAGGAAUGGAAGAGUUUAAAAAUGAAGUUCUACUGAUUGCCAAACUUCAGCAUAGAAAUUUGGUUAGGCUUCUAGCUUGUUGUGUCCAUGAAGAAGAAAAGAUGCUAAUCUAUGAGUACAUGCCCAACAAAAGCUUAGACUCUUUCAUUUUUGAUAAAACUAAGAAUGCAUUGCUUGAUUGGCGAAAACGAUUUGAAAUCAUAGAUGGAAUUGCUCGGGGUGUCCUUUAUCUUCACCAAGACUCUAGGUUAAGAAUCAUUCAUAGAGAUUUGAAGGCCAGUAAUGUGUUGCUAGAUGAAGAGAUGAACCCCAAAAUUUCAGAUUUUGGCAUGGCGAGAAUUUUUGGAGGAAACCAAAUUCAAGCAAAUACAGCCAAAGUGGUUGGAACAUAUGGUUAUAUGUCACCAGAGUAUGCCAUGAAAGGGAUUUUCUCAAUAAAGUCAGACGUAUUUAGUUUUGGAGUAUUAUUAUUGGAGAUCAUUAGUAGCAAGAAGAAUAGUGUAUAUUUUCAUGAAGAUCCUUCGUUGAGUUUAAUAGAACAUGUAUGGGACUUGUGGAAAGAAGGUCGAGCAUUGGAGAUAGUUGAUUCAUCAAUGGCUGACUCUUACCCUGCUCAUGAAGUUUCGAAGUGUAUCCAAGUUGGGCUGUUGUGUGUGCAAGAAAGUGCAUCAGAUAGGCCAACCAUGUCACGUGUUGUUUUCAUGCUCGAGAAUGAAACAAAGAUCCCUACGCCUAAUCAACCUGCUCUUAUUUUGAAGAGAACUCUCAAGGGUCUAGAAUCAUCUACCUCAGAGACGGGAUCAUGCUCUAUAAAUGAAAUGACGAUGACGGUGUUAGAUCCUCGAUAAAUAAGAAAGCUUUUUGCAUUGU